AUGGUCUUUCGCCUGGGAUCUGUCGCCUCUUGGCGACUCUCGUAUGUUGUCGUGUCGACGUUGCUGCUCUCGACUGCACAGGCAAGCCCCACGGUCAAUGUCGCGCUCCAGGCUUCCUUUGACUCGGCACCUUAUCUUGUAGAGUUAUUAGAGGCCGCAGCCGGAGAAAACUCGACGUCAUACUUCCCAUUACUGGACCGUGUCGCCGAGGGAGCUUUCGAUGACGUUGUGACGGAUAAAGAACUAUAUGAUCGCUUUCUGCAAGUGGUGGUGAAUGAUGGACAUCUCAGCAAUCCCGAGAGUCUCUCCACGUUCAAGCUAGCUUUGGCAAUUCGGUCCGCCAGCCCUCGGAUUGCGGCCCAUUACCAGUUUUACAAUGCAUCAGUGCAACACUCCAUGAUGGCAGCGCAGGAUGCUGCCUGUCCAGUAUGGGCUCACUCAGAUGGGAAACAAUAUUGCUCUUCGACCAUGGAACGAGCACAGCAAGUUAUCAUGGGAGAACUGUCAGUUGGUUGUCUUUCCGUUAACUUUUGCGAUAAAUUGCUAAUGCAUGGUAUCCGGAACAGGGACACGCGUGAGCUUCCUUUCGAUCGAAUUUAUGGAAUUGAAUCGCUCCCCCCAGCCAUUCUCUAUGCCGAUAUAGCUUCCCCCAUGUUCAAAGAUUUUCACAAGACCUUGACUGCACUCGCAAAGGAGGGCGAAAUUUCGUAUCGAGUACGGUAUCGGCCUCCUCAGCAUUGGAGCUCACGUCCCCUUUUUGUCUCCGGCUAUGGAGUUGAGCUUGCAUUAAAACGAACAGAUUAUAUUGUCAUUGAUGACCGAGAUGCCGAAAAGAGGGAAUCAAACACCCCAGAGUCCACUAAAUCAGAUGCUAAGGAGGAAGAAGCCCCAGAUGACUUGAGGCCAUUAUCUUCAUCGGAGGUAGCCCGGCUUGGAAUCAACACCGCUAGUUAUGUAGUGGAUAGUGAGGAUCCGCUUAACACGCUGGUGAACCUAUCGCAAGACUUUCCUAAAUAUUCCUCCAAGAUCGCAGCUCACAACACAACCAUGGAACUCUUGCGCGAUAUUAGAUCUAACCGUUUAGGCAUGCUUCCCUCUGGCGCUAAUGCGAUGUGGGUCAAUGGUGUCCAGGUUGAUCCUCGACAAAUUGACGCCUUCUCCCUUCUAGAUAACCUUCGCCGUGAGAGAAGGCUGAUCGAUAGUUUUCGCAAUCUUGGCCUCUCGGCCCAGGAGGCCGUUGAUCUCUUGACACAUGAGUUGAUUGGGGAGUCUAUGGCCAACGACUCGCCUCAACGUUAUAACUAUCGCGAUGAAAUUGAAGGCGGUGGCGUGAUCAUCUGGAUGAAUAAUUUGGAAAAAGACGCAAGAUACGAAUCAUGGCCAGGAGAUUUAUCAGCAUUUCUUCAGCGAACUUACCCGGGCCAGCUUCCUGCUGUGCGUCGUGACUUCAACAACAUCGUGUUCCCAGUAGACCUUACAAAUACUGAAGACAUUGAUUUAUUAGUGACCACAAUCCAAGUUUUUGUGAAAAGAAAAAUCCCAGUGAGGUUUGGCAUUGUCCCUCUGGCCUCAUCACCCGGCUCCACUGCCCAGCUUAAGGUGGCUCAUUAUCUUCAAGACACGUUUGGCCUUAGCAGUCUUGUGAAGUAUCUUGAGGAGUCUGGUUCCAGGAACAAGAUCGCUACCCCAGACAAGAAUAGCUUCUUGGCUGCUACUCACGAGGAAACCCCCAGAGCCGAAAAAGUGGCACUCACUUUUGAUGAGAUCCUGAAGAGUGAUGAACUAGAGAUUUUGGUAUCACGAACAGCUAAGUACCAAGAACGUCUUGGUAUUAGCAACGAUGCAUCACUCGCCUUUAUUAACGGUGUCCCGAUUGCCCGCAAUGAAAAUUGGCCGCAACAUAUGAGCAUGAGAGUCGAGAAGGAUCUACGUUUGGUUCAACAAGCUAUUGUUGAAGGCCUUUUUGAGGAAGACAUCUGGCUACCAGGAUUCUUCCUUUCUGAAGCCUUCAGUCGACGCGUCCCCUGGAUUAUACCCGAGGAUCCGAAAGAAAUUCAGGUUAUCGAUAUAGCUAGGAUCACACAGUCACCCAAUAAUCUGUUGGAUGAAGUGCCUCGUAUUGCACCGGAGCAAGGUGAUGCUGUUGAAAGCACGCACGUAAUUGUUAUUGGUGAUUUCGACUCGCAGCCCGGCCUGACGUUCCUCACUGCGGCCCUUGAAACUCGCGAGAAGCAUGCGAAGGCUGAGGUUCACUUCAUUCAUAACCCUGAGAUAUUUACACCUCAUGUAAAGGCAUCUGCCACUCUCUUCCGUUCUUUGGUGGGAGCGAAGGAUUCUGAUGCUUCGCAAAUACUUGCUGAUAUAAAUUCUUCUAUGCCCAUGGAGCUGGAUAAUGCAGAAGCAGAGGACAUUUUCGCAUUCUGGACAAGAUACCGACCUUUGGCCGAGACCCUCGGCUUCGCUCCCGGGGCUAGUGGAAUUGUCGUUAAUGGCCGAGCAGUUAUACCCAGCCAGGACGUGACCAGCGAAGAUUUGGGCCAGCUCCUAACCUAUGAAGAGAUGAAUAGAAUUGCUCCAGUUGCAAAAGCAGCUAAAGCCCUCGGAUUUAGCUCAAGGCUGACAGAUCCUCUCUCCUUUGCGAAACUAACUUCUCUUGUCGCUCUUUCGAGUGUAUCUGAUGUCCCUGAAGGUCUUUUUGAAACGCCCUCAGAUGCUCGUGUGAACCUGUUUCAGAAAUGGACAGACGGCGGUUCCGUGAUUACUGUCUCUAAUUCUGAUGACCCAACCAUUACUAUCGCUGCCUCCAUCGACCCGACAUCAGAGUCGGCUCAACGGUGGCUCCCGAUUCUGAGGGUGCUCUCAAAGCUUGAUGGAGUCAAACUAAAGUUGUUCAUGAAUCCCCGAGAUGAGAUCCAGGAACUUCCUAUCAAGCGCUUCUACCGCUAUGUUCUCGACUCCGAACCUUCAUUUGGCGCCGACGGAUCUGUCUUACGACCCACAGCUAGCUUCUCAGGAGUUCCCGUUGAAGCACUCCUCACUCUAGCAAUGGAUGUUCCAUCUUCAUGGCUUGUGGCUCCUAAAGAUUCAAUCCAUGACCUCGAUAACAUCAAAUUGAGCUCAGUCAGCGGGGAGUCGAACGUAGACGCUAUUUAUGCGCUGGAGCAUAUUUUGAUAGAAGGCCACUCUCGGGACAUGACCACCAAGGCGCCCCCACGAGGGGUUCAGUUGGUUCUUGGCACCGAAGACAAUCCUUACUUUGCUGACACUAUCAUCAUGGCUAAUCUUGGAUAUUUCCAGUUUAAAGCACAGCCGGGCUUAUGGAAUAUUAAUCUGAAGCCUGGUCGGAGUGAACGCAUCUUCAACCUCGACAGUGUAGGCAGACUAGGCUACACCCCACAGCCGGGUGAUGAAAGCAACGAAGUUGCCCUUCUUUCCUUCCAAGGCAAGACCCUGUUCCCACGGCUGUCACGCAAGAGGGGAUACGAGAAUGAAGAUGUCUUAGAGACAGGCGCUAAAUCCGGUUCUGCGAUGGACUUCGUAUCUAAAGGAUUUAACUUCGCCUCGGGUGUCCUUUCUAGUGUUGGGGUUGGCUCCAAGAGCAGCUCUGAGAAGAAUGCCGAUAUUAAUAUUUUCUCAGUGGCGAGCGGCCACUUGUACGAGCGGAUGUUAAACAUCAUGAUGGUGUCCGUAAUGCGGAACACCAAACACACCGUUAAAUUCUGGUUCAUCGAGCAGUUCCUCUCCCCAUCAUUCAAGUCCUUCCUGCCCCAUCUGGCAGAGGAAUACGGGUUCUCAUACGAGAUGGUCACGUAUAAAUGGCCUCACUGGCUACGAGGCCAGAAAGAAAAGCAGCGUGAGAUCUGGGGCUACAAGAUUCUAUUCCUGGAUGUUCUCUUCCCGCUGUCGCUGGACAAAGUCAUCUUCGUCGAUGCAGACCAAAUCGUCCGCACAGACAUGUACGAUCUCGUCAGCCUGGACCUCGAAGGCGCUCCCUAUGGAUUCACUCCAAUGUGUGAUUCCCGCACAGAGAUGGAGGGGUUCCGUUUCUGGAAACAAGGCUACUGGAAAACCUUCCUCCGCGGCGCCCCUUACCAUAUCUCUGCUCUAUACGUUGUGGACCUAAAUCGCUUCCGUGCGCUCGCAGCCGGUGACCGUCUCCGUGGCCAAUACCAGAUGCUCUCUGCCGACCCUAACAGCUUGAGCAACCUGGACCAAGAUCUCCCGAACCACAUGCAACACCACAUCCCAAUCAAGAGUCUCCCGCAGGAAUGGCUGUGGUGCGAGACAUGGUGCUCUGAUGAGGCUCUAACCCAAGCGAGGACCAUCGAUCUCUGUAACAAUCCGCAAACGAAGGAGCCCAAACUGGAUAGAGCUCGGCGACAGGUCCCUGAAUGGACUGAAUAUGAUGACGAGAUUGCGGCGCUGUCGAGAAGAAUCGAGCAGCAAAGACAGGACCAAGGACAGAUGCAGGAAGAAGUUCUAUCGAAUUCCCGGGACGGAUAUAAGGAAGAGGAAGACAAUUGGAAAAAAGACGAGUUGUAA